AUGUCUCGUCGACUAUCUGGGAUAGAUAUUGCUGCGCACGCCUUGUCCUACGUAUUGCGAAAAAGGAUUGCGGGCAGCGUGGCUCAGUAUGGGCUGUGCCACGAUACUAUUUCUUCAGGCGCCUUUUUAGAGGACCUCACCACUGCCUCGUCAUCGCCCACCAAGACGAGGGGCAUGUUCCCAGCAAAGUACCGAUACUUGCUAGUCCAGGGCCCCAGGGUCGAGUGA